AUGGUCUGUGUUGUAGGGGGCCUUGUGGCCGCCGCGCCUGCUACUCUUCCCGCCGGCGUCGCGAGCUCCAUGGCUACUGCGGCUGUUGCAAGUUCCGGCACUAUUGUGUUAGGAGAGGGCGUCAGCAUUGGAGCGACCGUCAUAGCGUUGGGAGAAGGCGCUUGUGUUGGGGUGGGAACCCUCGGCGGUGGUAGUAGCGCUGGUAUCGCCUUUGCCACGCUUGUCGGACCUGUCGGCUGGGCUAUUGUGGGAUGCAGCAAGAACAAGGAUGACAAAGGCGAUAGCGGCUACACCUGGGACUGCUGGAAGCCCGUCGUAAGGGAUAUGUCAACACGGCCAUCUUGCGGCAUGACUCUUCACUGCCUGGCUGCCCAUCCGAAUGUCCAGUCUUUGUGGCUCGACCAGGGUAGGCUCUUUGUGGAAAACAAUUUUGGCGAGCGCUUCCGCCUCGCUCCCGUCAGCGUUGAGGGGGUGCUAGCUUUUCAUGCGUCGAUUCUCUCGUCGAAUGCAUAG